ACUGCGUGUUGAAUAAUCAGUGCGCAUAGACCGUGCGAAAAAACAACAUUUCAGCAACGGCCGAGAAGGAAAAAAAACGAAAACCAAAUUAUGGCAAAUUAAAUUGAAAUCGAUUCAAUUUUUGACUGAAAAAAGACGAGAUGUAGAUUGGCAAUUUCUGUGAUAAUGUGAUAGAAAAAAUUCGAAAUAACAAAACCCAGUGACAAACAAAUAUUCAUAUGUACAAAAAAAUCGUUUUAAAAUUUUAACCUAUAUUUGUUCUCUUGAGUAUAUUUACUAUAUAUAUACAUUGUUGUUGGAGUCAUAUUAUAUUUAGAUAAAAAUCAUGUCAAUGAUUCGAUGCUGUUUUGAGCCUAUCGAGCUCCCGGAAUGCAUUGAUACCAUGAUUCAAAAAUGCACGGCACCAAGUUGUUGUUGCGGUUGUUGUUCGGCAUUUAGGCCUCGAUAUCAACGACUGGUGGACAAUAUUUUUCCAGUUAAUCCAGAAGAUGGUUUAGUUAAAUCAAACAUGGAGAAACUUACAUUCUAUUCACUUAGUUCGCCGGAAAAACUCGAUCGAAUCGGCGAAUAUCUGUAUAAAAAAGCAGCCAAAGAUAUUCAUCGCAAACGAUACAAGCUUGUGGAAAUCGCAAUGGAAGCAAUGGAUUUGCUAUUAAUGGCGUGUCAUGCACAAACACUAAAUUUGUUUGUCGAGUCAUUCUUGCGAAUGAUUCAAAAGCUAAUGGAAGACGCAAAUCCAAAUUUACAAAUUUUGGCCACGAAUUCGUUUGUUCGCUUUGCGAAUAUCGAAGAAGACACGCCGUCAUAUCAUCGACGGUACGAUUUUUUCAUUUCAAAGUUUUCAUCAAUGUGCCAUGGCAACCAUGAAAAUGUUGAACUUCGCGAUUCAAUUCGGGUUGCUGGAAUAAAGGGCUUGCAAGGAGUCAUCCGAAAAACGGUUUCCGAUGAUUUGGUGGAAAAUAUUUGGGACAAACAGCAUAUGGAAAAGAUUGUUCCAUCGCUUCUGUUUAACAUGCAAAACAUGUCUUCGACUCCAAUAGCAACAACUGAAGAGUCAUCGGCUUCAUCGCCACCAGUUUUGGCAGAAUCUGUACUUCGUGAACUAGUCAGUCGAGCUUCAUUCACUCAUAUCAAAUCUGUACUUAAGCCGCUUCUCAUGCAUUUGGAUCGUCACGAAUUGUGGGUGCCGAAUCAGUUUGCCAUUCAAACGUUCCGCAUAGUGAUGAUAUCGAUUCAACCGCAGUAUUCGUAUACGGUUGUCGAAACACUUAUGCAACAUUUGGAUCAAAAUCUAAAGUCAUCGCCACGCACCAAAACAUCAUUGGCCGUCGUGUUAUCGAAAAUCAUUGCAAUUGCAGCUGGUGAAUCGGUCGGUCCAUCCGCAUUGGACAUCAUCAAUAAUUUGCUAACGCAUUUACGUACAAGUACAUUGAGCACACAAAACGAACCAACAUUGGAAGAGUCACAAUAUCAAGAAGCAUUAAUAAAUGCUCUGGGUGAAUUUGCAAAUCAUCAUCCGGACUAUCAAAAGAUAGAAAUCAUGUUGUUCAUCAUGAAUACGGUGCCGGACUUGUCUAAAACCAGCAAAGCCGAUCAACUGCUACAAACAAUUCUCCUAAAGAGUUUACUAAAAGUCGGCGUUCAAUACCAUACAAUUUCAUUUGAAAAAGCAUUCCCAUCGUCGUUCUUACAACCAUUGCUGCGAAUGGCACGCGCUCAACACUUACCCACACGAUUGAUUGUGAUGAAAAUAUUCCAAGCACUAUUGGAUCGUCAUCAAAAUCAAGUCACAUUGAGCGUCAUUAAAACGAAAAACUAUGUGGAUCUGAGCCUCGAAUCACCAUCACGUUCUGAUAUUAUAUUCACACACAAACAUGGUGCGAAUAUUAUGCAAGCAUUAUUGGACACAUUAUUGAUUGACAUGAAUACUGAGGCAAUGGCAGCUACAUUCAAUACGGCCGCAUUACUGGUCGUUGAAAUGUGCACCGGCGAAACGAUUCAAGAGUUUUUGCUGUUUAUUUUGGGAAUUCAGCAAUAUGCGAUCAAUACACAAGAGCUAUCGGAUACGCAUCGAAGUAACUUGCACAUUAUUUCGAUUUCAUUGUUGUCGCUGGUGUGUCGAGUGACUGGUAUCAACAGCUUGUCAGAGUACACCGAUAAAAUUGUAGCCGAUCGAGCUGUUGAAUCAUCACAUUUGCUACCACCAUUGAUUGAGACGAGUGGACGGUACAAUUUGGACAUUCCACAAGUGAUGAUGGAUAAGAUGGCAUUGGCCGAAUGUUUACUGAGUGCUGGCAUUGAAGCGGGACGUUUGCAAAGUGGCACACCAUACAUUUUAAAUUCAACAAAUCAAGGUGGUGCCAAACAUUCAUGGGUUGAUCCGACACAUAUUCAUUCGGUUGCAACGUCAUACGGUAGUUCUGGUGACAUUCAAUCGUUUAACGAUGCCGAUAGUGUGAACAGUUCACCUGGCGUGCAACGAAAAUUAUUAACAUCUGAAUUUAAUUUUGAUGCAAUGAAACGUGUAUUGGGCGAACCAACCGAAGCAACAAAACGUGAACAUUCUGAGUCACAACGACAAUUGGUGGACACAUUCCGUAAUGCAAACUUUGAAGAUUUGGUCCGACGAACAAAACCAAAACACGAUGUGAUUCAAUCGCGAUUAAGUGAUUUAUUCAAUUCAUUGGCAGUCGAACGACAAAUCAUCGGACCAAGUGAACAGAUGAAAUCAAAUCAACCGAAUAAAUCCAUCUAUGAAAAUAACUUUCCUGAAUUGUUCUUCUACUGAAAUAAUGAAAUGAAUGAAAAACAGAA